AUGGAGAAAGCAUCGAUUGUAUUGGAUAUUGGUGGAUCGUAUACAAAGUGUGGAUACACAGGCGAGUCUACACCAAGAUGUAUAGUUCCAACUGAUCUACAUCCAUUCAAUCUAUCACAAUACCUAUCAUCAGGUAUAUCAUAUGAUCAUACUACAACCGAUAACAACAACAACAACAACUUGAUCAUACUACCAACCGCCCAACAGCUUACUGAGCCAUUGCUCAACUUCCUAAACACUCUGUUCCUCAAGUACCUACUAUGCAAGCCAGAACAGAAGAAGAUUGUGAUUGUAGAGAACUUGUUUGUACCUCGAAUGUUCAGACAACUACUUGUAUCACUCCUAUUCGACCACUUCAAAGUGCAGUCGAUUGUACUCCUAUCACCAACAGUAUCACUCCUCCCCCUAUUGCGAACAACCGCUGUAAUCAUCGACUGUGGAUACAGCGAGUCAAGGGUAUAUGAAGGUAUUGGAAUGAUGUCAGCAUACAAGACGGCAAGAGUCGGAAGCAAGACUAUACGCGAUCAGUUGAAGAAGUCAUUGAUGGACGACCUGGCCAAUAGAACGGUCGUAUCGAACACUCUUACAAGACAGCCACUGGAACAGUCCCAAGCAAGAUCGAUCAUUGAAUCACUUACAUCUCAACAGUUGGAGGACAUACUGAUCAAGACGACUGUGUUGGCACUGGACCCGACAUCAGUGACAAUCAGCAACAUUGAGUACCAUUUGACGCCAACCACAAGCCUUUCAAUCAGCUCACAGCAAAGGUCACACAUCUGCGAUGCACUCUUCCACGAUCCCAACGUGGAACAAGACUGUGAUGGCGUGGAUGAAGAGAACAUCGUCACUCUAUUGCUAGACUCACUUAUUCAGUGCGACAUUGAUAUGACCAAGAGUUUGGCACACAGUCUAUUGUUGAUUGGAGGCACAGGAAUGCUACCUGGAUUCAAAGCAAAGUUGAUCCAGCAGGUGAAGAAGAGAUUGGACGAGGCAGACGAUGAUAGCAUAUAUAGUCAGUUGAAGGGAUUGACCAACCAUCUCGAGUUCAUCGACCACCAGUACCAACCAAACUACUUCAUGUGGCUUGGAGCUUCGUUGGCAGGUACAUUCGACACGUACACAACUCAUAGGCUGACCCAUGAUCAGUACACCAGAGGCAACAAGAGGUUGCCAGAGUAUGAAAGAUGUACCAUAAAUUCAACCAAGUGA